GCACCUGGGGAGCCCACCGGCCCGGCCGGCCCGGGAGGGACCAUGCUGGAGUCUAUCCGUGUGACUGAAAAACUUCACUGGCCUGAGCAAGAACUUGCUAAGAAGUCUGUUCUAAGUGCAGAAGAAUCAUUGAUCCUUGACAGCAAGAGAAACUUUUCACCUUUAUCCUGUGGAAUUCUAAAGGACAUUUUCACAACUGGCACUAGUAGUUACAACGUCCUGCUACAGACCAAAGAGGAGAAAAAGUAUUUACAAAAGUGGUCUUCCUCUAUCUAUUCCAAACGAUGCAGAAAGCCUGGCAAAUCACCUAGCUCCUCUUGUAGCAAAGAUCUUCACAGGGUGAAAGCCGAGGAGCCCGUGACAAGCGAUGGUACUUGGUACUGUCUGGAAAGGCAACCUGGUGUUUGCAUCACUGCUUCUGUGUCCAGUCCUGUGAGACUCAUGCAUGCUAUCUCUCUUACAGGAAGCAGCAUAGGACUGCCACCUAAAGCCAAAAACAAGGUCAAGCAGCACCAUUCCAUCCCCCUUCCAAAGCCAAAGCAGCUGCAGCCUCAGCUGUCUAGAAGCUUUGAAAAAGGAGACGACUUUUCUGGAAAGAAAUUUUGUAUAUUGACUGCUAUAAAGCCAAUCAACUUAGAGAAAGAAAAACUGAGGUUCUUCAAGUCGGAUUAUACCUAUAAUCCUCAGUUUGAAUAUGCCAAUUCUGCUCUGCCAAAUGUGUUAGCCAAGCACGGCAAUGCAUCUAACCGGUUUCUCAAACAGUCCAUUCGUAUUAUGGAGCUGACUUUACAGAAGUAUGGAAGCUAUGAGAAAUUUGAACAAGCCACGGGUGGUAGCUUGCUGUCUAAGCCUCGGAUCUGGAGUCACGUUAGGAAGUACAUGCUGAAGGAGGGCUGCUUGGGAGAGAUUGUAGUACAUCUCACUGAAGAUCUACUUUCACGAGCCUCGAUGACAGUAGUAAAUGGAUGUCCAACUCUGACCAUCAAUGUUUCAACGGCCCGUGAGCACUGGCUGGAAGGAAUGCUGAGGCAUGAGAUAGGCACACAUUAUUUUCGAGGAAUCAACAACCUCCAGCAGCCAUGGGGUAAUUGGGUCGGUCGUAGAAAACAUGAGCUAAAGCCCAACAACCCUACAGAGGAGGGAUUGGCAAGCAUCCACAGUGUUCUGUUUAGAAAAGACCCGUUUUUAUGGAGGGCUGCCCUCCUCUACUACACUGUGUAUCAAGCCAGCCAAAUGUCAUUUUGUGACCUCUUCAAAGAUAUUGGCAAGUUUGUCAAGGACCCUAAUACCAGAUGGGAUUAUUGUGUGCGAGCCAAGCGAGGAUGGACUGACACUUCCCAGCCUGGAUGUUUCAAUAAAGACCAAGUGUACUUGGAUGGAACCCUCCAGAUCCUCCGAUACAGGCGCUCUAUAGACUUCUACCUGCUGACUGCCCUGGGGAAGGUUUCCUAUGAAGAUGUGGAUCGCUUGAGAGGACUGGCAGUUACCAACAAAAUGCGCGUCCCUCACUUCCUGCAGGACCACAGCCGGUACAUGGAGCACUUGGAGAAGAUCAUGGAAGUGAAUGAACUGACUGACACAGAACUGAAAGCCCUCAUCUAGCAACCUCUGUUCUUGCAGACCCUGCCCAGUCACACUCCGUGUAUGCCACCAGCGAGAUGGAGUUGGUACCACCAAUUCAUAAAAGAAGAACGACUGUUUGCUUGAGUUUUCUCAAGGAUGGUCGUCAGUAUGCAGCUGAAAUUUUAAGUUAAGUACAAACUUAAACCAUUUCCCUUAACUAUUUCUAUAGGCCACAGGGGAAGUUCCUCGUGUUUUCAUCUCUAAGUCAGAUGAAAUCCUCCCGCUUACUUUCCUUGAGGCUUCCUGGGGGAAUGGAGUGAUGAACUUCUAAGCACUAAGGCUAGCUCCUGCUGGAGCAGCCCAGUUCCUAGCAGCGUUCUGCACACUCCAAGGUUAUAUUUUUUCCUCAUAAACAUUGGUAAAAAUUGUUCUCCUUUCAAAAAUUAGUUUUGUGACACUCCAAAAAGCUAGCUAUAUCUAAGUGCUCUUAUUUCUCUUGUAUGCUAAAGAAAGAGGCAAAAGCAAUUUGAAAAAUUUUCAUUAAGUCUCUCAUUUUCUACUUUACUGUUUCACCUCAUAGGAACUAAUUAGGAAAUUGUGCCUGGCUUUGUAUGGAAUUGUUGUGGUAGGGAUCAAGCCAAGGGUGUGGCUUCUGCUCAGAAGCAGGCGUGUGUGCUGUCUCUGAGCUAUACCUGCAGCCUGCUGACAAGCUCCUUUUUGUCCAGUUAAUUCUUAAUUGAACUGUUUUCAUUUGCUCAGAUAUAUUUUAAUUUUACCUCUUUAUAUUUUUACCCAAAGGUUUAAGUUUUCCCCUCUUCAUUCUUUUACACAAAAGAUAAGCAUGAGUUCCUGAGAUACUUAUCUACUCAAAUCAAGAUGUCUGAGGAAGGAAGAGAAAGGCUUCUUGGCUUUUUUGAGGGUAGGUGGGUAGAAGUAGGCUGUGGUGGAAUAGAACAUUCUGGGCAUUCCAAUGGAUAAACCAGCCUCGUGGUUCAUCUCAGUGUAUUUUAUCCAAAUAUUUCACUUCAUCAAUCAGUAACAUAAUUUGAAUGAAAAAAUGGAGAAUUUUGUUUUGUUAUAUCAGCUUUUAUAUACCCAACAUUCAAAUUGGUUGGUUUUGGUGUGUACCUGGGUACUUGGAAUCCAAUAUUUCUUCUUGCAAACUUACUGUAAUGAAUGAAAAGAAUGCUGUUGUAAACACUAAUCAAGAUAGUGAGACUUCAGCUUCUGCCUGGAGCUACCCAAGAGCUUACCUUUACCUCAGUUCCAUCUCUGAUGUGGUGCUAACACUGAUCGUGUAUAAGGAUGCAGAAAAUCUUCUGCAGGCUAGGUGAUACGAAUUCUUCUCUUCUCAUAUCUGGAAAAGGGUUAGAGCAAGUAGGAUCUGUUCUGGCUACUGGUUAGAGGCUCUUGCAAAAACCAUGUAGCCUAAAGGCCAGGCCCUCUAAGCAGUGAAAGCUCCACUUUGUGCCUUGCUCGCUACACGUGUCCACACACUGUUUGCCAGAAUUUAUGGAACACACCAAGUUUUCUACUGACACCUCAAGCAGGUGUCUCCUCUAGCAGUUGUGUACUUGUAGCUUGGUAUGGUGUUUUCUGACUUCAUCUUAGAACUCAUGAAAGUGGGUCAUGAGGACCAAAUCCUGGUGGCAUCUGUGUGCUAUGAAUUAAGCCUGAAUGUUUGUCCAUUUAGCAUUUGCAAGCAGAACACUGUUCAUUUUCAGGAUAAAGGAAAAUGAUGCACCUUCAUUUCCUAGUGGUAGAACAACUUGCAGUGGUUUGAUAGUAGUUGAUAAGUUUGGGUAUUCUCUCUGAUGUGGAAAAGGAGCUGCCUCUUGACCCUUAUUGCUUUGAUACAGGAACAAAAAAACCAUGAGUGUUGUGAUGGCAGGAAUGACCUUAAAUUAUAUUAAUUGCCUAUAAGAUGUUUUAGAAGUUAGAUGUAACCAAAGGUACUUUCAGAAUGGCAGAAAUAAAGAGCUUUAAGCUUGCAAACUUGAGCUCAAAGAUUAAAUGUUUAUUCUUUCCUGAAGUAGGUCAGUUCUGCUACCUAAAAGUUUCAAUAAACAGAAAGUUAUAGCAACAGCACUUAGAUAAAGAUCAUAUGGCAUUUAUUAUAAUACACUCUUGCUACGGGUUAUUAAUUAGGGUUCCGUCAUUUUCAGCCACCAUAAUUCUAAUAUGUAGUUGAAUCAAACACCAGGUACCCUGACAGUAAUAUUAAUGUUUGCAAACAAACCCAUAGUUUCCAUUUCCUAAAAGUUUGGCAUUUGUAAAAGUGCUUAAAGUUAGUAUUAACUGUUUUAUAUACCUUCAGGCAUUUUGUGUCUUCUUGUAAUAAAAAGAGAUAGAUCCAAAAUUCUUGAAUAAAGUAUAUGGAUAUGUAUGCAUAUAAACCUCUGUUCUUGGAAAC